AUGAAAAGCAGCCAGAGACGGAUCAAACGACACGCUAUGCGAGACAUGAGUAUCUCCACCCUUCUAUUGUCCGUUGUCCUGCUUCCGAGCGUCGUCUCCGCCAACGAUCAUGUAUACUUCAACCCUCCAUCCCCGGGUUCGCCCUUCCUCGGCCCCCAAAUUCCUCUGACGGGCCCUCCAUCACUUACCAACGAACAUGAAUUCACCCUGCGUCAUAUAUAUGAACGGGGUACGAAUGACCAACCUGAUCUUCAUCGGAGACUCGAUAUCAAACCGCAUACACGGCUGUGGGCUGUUUCGGAUGAUGGACUUGAAAAGGAAUUGGUCACCUUUGAUACUCCCCUUGUGGCCUCAUCGAGUCCUCUUACCAUCCAACGUCUCGCAGAUCGCCGGCCUUCGGUCAUUGAAGGAUACUUGACAGCUGCAAGGUACAACGGGGAGGCAGUGGCUCUAUCCUCGUCUGAUUGGGUGAUGGAUACACUAGCUGGCCCAGAUGUGACUAAGAAAGAGACCGUUCUCACUUUCGCCAAAAUGACGGCGAAUGACUAUAUCGAAGAGCCGGGCACGGAGGAUUGGAACUAUAUCCAUGGUCGUUUCAACUAUUCAUCGAGUUUCGGAUGGCAGUCGGAUGGGCUGAGGGGCCACAUAUAUGCCGAUACAAAGAAUAACACUAUCGUGAUAUCUUUGAAGGGAACCUCUCCGGCACUGUUCGACGGUGCCGGCACGACGACGAAUGACAAGAUCAAUGACAAUCUCUUUUUCAGCUGCUGCUGCGGGCAAGGGGGCUCGUACCUCUGGCGGCAGGUCUGUGACUGCCAACAAUCGGCAUUUACAGCCAACUUGACCUGCAUCGCCGAAGCGAUGAACGACGAAAAUAAAUAUUACCGAGCAGCCAUUGAUCUCUACACAAAUGUGACAGAUAUGUACCCGGACGCAAAUGUUUGGAUGACGGGUCACUCGCUAGGGGGUGCGAUGUCCAGCCUUCUCGGUCUGACUUUCGGGUUACCUGUUGUGACAUUUGAGGCUGUACCUGAAGCUUUGCCUGCGGCUCGCUUGGGUCUCCCCAGCCCUCCUGGUCACGACCCUCGACUUCCUCAGACGCGAAAAUAUACUGGGACUUAUCACUUCGGACACACUGCCGAUCCUGUAUACAUGGGAACGUGUAAUGGCGUCGGUUCCAUUUGUACUUGGGGCGGUUAUGCGAUGGAGUCCGCAUGUCACACCGGCCAAAUGUGUGUUUACGACACAGUGGAAGACAAAGGUUGGCGUGUUGCACUUUCAACACACCGUAUCAAGGCCGUAAUCAGCGAUGUUCUCGAGGUAUAUGAUAACGUACCGCCUUGUGCCGCUGAAGAGGAGUGUUACGACUGCGAGCUAUGGAAGUUCUUCCGUAGUAAUGGUUCCGAAACCACGACAACUUCGAGAACCUCCACCACCACAACGCCUACCACGACCAGGACGUUGACAUGUGAGACGCCCGGCUGGUGGGGCUGUCUGGAUGAAAGCACCACGACUACAGCUACUACGGCAACGUCUACAACAACGACAACAUCCACGUGCAAAACACCAGGUUGGUUUGGCUGCAAAGACUCGACCACGACGGUGGACGCGACGGCUGCGCCGACAGUCACAACCACUAUUGCGACCCCAACGACAUUUCCGAUAUCUAGUACUACAUGUAAAGACCCCGGAUGGUUUGGCUGCCGUGACCCCAGCAGUACGACAGCUUCCGUGACAGCACCGCCUUUUUCCACGUCGACAUCAUCCGAUCACGUCAGGGCCGACCACUCCAUAGGCGACGGCGCCGCCCACCCACUAACGCGCAUGUACCUCGAGCGUCUUCGUCAGGUUGAAUUUGCGUGGGGUAGCGAUAUUGAACACUACGAGAUCUAG